AUGAAAUUGUUUGACGCACACUGUCACUUGCAAGACCCAAGAAUCUUUGACAAGGCACCCCAAUUGAUUGCAGCAGCCGUUGAUUCUGGCGUUGUUCGUUUUGCUGUUAAUGGAGUCUCUGAGGUACCGCUUUCCAUAUCAUACAUUUUCUCUCUCCUUAUUGUAAUGCCUAUGGCUGCUCAACAUCGUCAUUUUAAUAAUUCCAUUCAGAAAGAUUGGCAUUUGGUCAAGCAGAUUAGUGAGUCCUAUCCUUGCGUAAUUCCCUGCUUCGGUCUCCAUCCCUGGUAUGUUGCAGAGAGGACACUCAAUUGGCUCAACACUUUAAAACAAUUCUUCGAGGCUACUCCCUCUGCUGCAGUUGGAGAGAUUGGCUUGGACAAAGGUUCACAAGGGAAGAAGGUUGAUUUCACAGAUCAGGUUAAUGUAUUCAGGCAACAACUUGGAAUUGCAAAAGAGUUAAAAAGGCCAGCAUCCAUCCAUUGUGUUCAUGCUUUUGGAGAACUUCUUCAGAUAAUGAAGUAUGCGUGCACACACACACACACACAUAUAACAGAACAAGCUAUUGUCGAUGGGAACCAAAUUGAAAGUGGGCUUUUCACUGUGCCAGCACCCCACCUGAAGCGGUUUCUUGCAAUUGCAACCACUGGAUUUCAUGGCAGCUUGUCUCUGGCCCGUAGGUUGAUUCUGCAGUUAGAUGUUUUCAUGCAGAACAACCUUGGAGAAGGCAUAAUUUGCUUUUCCAUGGCAUCUUUGGGUCCUUUUCCUGCUGGCGUCAUUCUUCAUUCUUACCUAGGUUCUGCUGAGAUGGUUCCUGAAUUUGCCAAUCUAGGUGCUUACUUUUCUUUCUCUGGAUUUCUUAUGUCCAUGGAAGUACACAAGGCAAAGAGGAUGCUGAAGAUGGUGCCUUCUGAAAGAAUUUUACUGGAGACAGAUGCACCUGAUGCAUUACCCAAGUCUGAGUUAGAUUCUGCGCAUCUGGUUGAAGGAGCUUCCCUCCCUGAAGAGCUUCAGUCAAUAGAAAUUUCCUCAGCUCCAUUUGAUGGUGCAAGAGAUGUAUCAACAUUUCCAAAAGAAGCACUAAAUCACCCAGAAAAUAUUCACAAGGUAGUACUCAUCUAUGUAGCAUCUUUGGUAGAGAUGACCAAAGAAGAACUCGCUGAAGUAACUUACCAAAAUGCAAGAGAAGAGGAGGGGGGGGAAGGAGAAAAUGAGGGUUGGGGUUGGGAAGUGCGCAUGAGAGAGAGAGAGCUACAAUUUCCAGAAGAGAAGAUGAGAGGAGAUGGAGGAAUAUGGCUCGAAAUUGCAGGGGUUUCUGGGAUGAGAGAUGAUGAUUGCUCUAUGGAUGUGUGUUUAUGGAAAGAGAGGAAGAAGAUGGAAGCAUGGGUGGCUUUAGCAUAUUUCCAGCAGCUUGACGAAAGCUUCAUCAAGCUCCUGGGUGAUUUGACAGAAGAGAAAAUAGGAAGCAAUGGAAGAACAAGGCUUGAAAUCGAAGGGGUUUCAGAGGGGAUGCUUGCCUUCGAUGAAUUCUUAUGGUUGCUGGGAGGCUUGCAGCAACCAAGGCAGCUGGACUUCUCCAUGUGGGCGAUGAGCCAUCCACUUUUGUUUCUUGUUUUCUUACCAAAGCUUGAAGAGAAAGAAUGGGUAAGGGUGCUAGUCAAAAAAGUGGCCUGUGAGUUUGCUCAGGCUGCUGGAGACAACCUAUUUGAUCAAGCUAUUGGGACACUCCUCUCUCAUGCUUAUCCAUAUGUUUGGGCUCAAGAAAUGAGCUCGAGUUUUGGUGCUCCUAGGCAGCCCAAAACUUCAACUUCUUGGCCCAUCAAUGAGCCUCGUGAAUACUUGGCGAAAAGACUAGAAGAAGAGCUUUUCGCACACGAGAUUGCCGGUGGCGAUGUGAGGGACGCUAAGGAGGUUGGAGAGGCUAGAGGCAUAGGUGCCUUUGCCAACGUCUGGGAAGUCAGGGAAGACCCAUGGACAUUCAUGUCCGUCAUGUUGCAUAAGAAGCGAAUUUUUGUUGAUGAUAGAAGAAGGCGUUGUGACGUCAAUUUCAGAAUUUAG